AUGUAAAUAAUUUACGGAUGUAUUAAGCAAUUAUUGAUUAGAUGUUUAAAUAUAUUCAAAUACACAAGAGUAGAAAAUGUAGAGAAAAGUUAUUAGAUAGAGAGUGUGAACAGAGAUAUUGAAAGUAAUAUGAACGCUGAAUUAAGUAAGUAUAAUUAAGAAUUUAAUUUAGGAGCACAUGAAGAUUCAUUCAUAUAAAAUCCUGAAAACAAAAUAGAAGAGUUUGAAAACAAAGCUAAUUUUUAAGAUUGCGAAUAGAUUAAUGAUGAGGAAACAAUUCGAUAAUUUAUAGAUGAUAUUCCUCAUAUCUCAUUUUCUUAAACUGAAUUAAUGAAGGAAAUAGGACAAAAAGCUGUUGUAGCUUUUAUUGCUGUAAUAGAUAAAAUGGAGGGAUUCGAAUUGUUGGAAGAAGAUCAAGAGUUUUACUUUUGGAUAAAAUAUAUAGAAACACCUGAAAAAUAUCAGAUCGGAAUUAUGAAAUACACUUAUACUUUGAACACAUCAAUUGAAUCUUACUUAGAAUUCAUGAAAAAUUUGGAAUUAUAAAAGUAAAUGGAUAAUAGUAUUGAUGCAUUUGAGAAACAUUAUGAAGACAACAAUUUAUAGAUAAAUUAUCUAAGAUAUAAAAAAAUUAUGUUUAUGGACCCUAGGGACUUUUUAUAUAUUAAAUACACAGAUAGAAAAGGAGAUGAUUGCUUAGAGAUUUCAAAAUCCAUUAAUGUAGAUCAUUUUCAUCCUUAGUAAGUUAUUUAUGUUUAUCGAUAUAGAGAAGUAUCUGCUAAAUAAUGCACUAGAGCUUUGUUAUUGUUAAGUGGGAAUCAAAUUAAAUAAAUUGAGGAAAACAAAAUAAUGAUUACAACUUAUUCUGAAUGCAAUAUGAAAUUGAAAUUAAAACCUGUGAUGACAAAGCAAGCAAGCAAAAAUGAAAUAAAAAAAAUGGUUAAAAGAUAUCGUGAUCAUUUUAAUUAGUGA